GCAGGAAGAUGUUUCUCCUGGGCAUUGGGGAGCAGCAGCCUGGGUAUACUGGAGGCUCCCUCCCCUCCAGCCCGACCUCUUCUCUUCCUCAGAGCUAACCUGCAGACAGCUCUUCUUUGAUAUAGGAAACUUGAUUGGAUAGACAUUUUCAAUCAUGGAGCUUGUAGGCUCUACCUUGACGGCAACAUAUGCCCAUCCAAGACCAACGCCCUCAAAUUUUCUGCCGGCCAUCAGCACCAUGGCAUCGAGCUAUAAGAACAGAUUCCCUCACUAUGCCCUGACCCACAGCUUGAGCCUUCCUUGGAGACCUAGUGCCUAUUACAAAGUCGCUGCUAUCACUCCAACUUUGGCCCCCUUCUCCAAGAGUUCUCAAGGGCUCACGCCAUGCAACAUGCUCCCCUAUGUUUCCAACAGAACAGCACUCUUCACUAGGUACACUCCCGAAGACUGGUAUAGAGCUAACCUAACAAAUUUCAAGGAAUCGGAGGCAUCACGGCACAAUGCCGAGAGGUUGAGGGUGGACACUUCCCGGAUGAUUCAAGACAAGGACCAGCAGAUAAGGAAAACCCAAACAGAAUCAACAAGAAAUCUAGGAGAACGAGUCAAUGACAUCAUAUUUUGGAAAUCAGAGCUCAACCACGAGACUGAUGGAAUGAUUGGGGAGACAAAUGCUCUUUCAGAUAUGAAGAAACGACUUGAAAGAGCCAUAUUAGAAACAGAAGGGCAACUCCAGGUAGCCCAGGAAUGUCUGCUUCACCGAGAGAAGAGGAUGGGCAUUGACCUUGUUCAUGAUGAUGUGGAAAAACAACUAAUGACAGAGGUUGACGUCAUCCUAUCAUGCCAAGAGAGAAUGAGAAGAUACCUGGGUAAGACAGCGGCCCAACUUGCAGCCAAUAGAGCAGCCCAGCAUGAACUGGAGAAAGACCUGAGUGACAAGCAAGCAGCUCAACGAAUCGAUGACAAGUGCCACCAUCUCAGGAACACAUCUGAUGGCAUUUCCUUUUAUCGAGGCGUCGAGCGAGUUGAUGCCACGAUUUCUGUGCCAGAAUCCUGGGCCAAGUUUACUGAUGAUAACAUUAUGCGCUCCCAGAGCGAGCGGGCUGCCUCCGGCAAACUCAGGGAUGAUAUUGAAACGCUGCUCGUGACGACUGCCAAUGAGAUGUGGAACCAAUUCAACAAAGUGAAUGUCGCCUUUACCAACCGCAUCUCUGAAACGGCUGAUGCCAAAAACAAGAUCCAGGCCCAUCUGGCUAAGACUCUACAAGAAAUCUUUGAGACAGAGAUGACUAUAGAAGCACUUCGUAAGGCCAUCAAGGACAAAGGGUGUUCCUUGAAGGUUGCCCAAACACGUCUGGAUGAGCGCUUGCGUAGACCCAACAUAGAACUCUGCCGGGACUCUGCCCAAUUACGCCUUGUGAACGAAGUGUAUGAAAUUGAUGACACCAUCCAGGACCUUCAGCAGAGGCUAAGAGAUGCAGAAGAUACGCUCCAGGCACUGGUUCACACCAAAGCCAAUCUAGAACAUGACCUGGCUGUCAAAGCAAAUACGCUCUUCAUUGACCAGGAGAAAUGCAUGGGGAUGAGGAAGACCUUCCCCAACACACUGAGGCUGGUGGGAUAUACAUAGGCUGGAGCUAACCCUCAAGACAUUGCGUGGGGGGAUGGGAAAUUACUAAAGAAGUAUGUCUAGGGGAGGUUUGCUCUGUUGCACUUUUAUGAAAUUUUGAGGUGUUUAUUUUUGAAGAUAUGACUAUAUUUUCAUUUAUUAAAGCAUGCUCUGCACAUGAAUUUA